GAGAAGAAGAGGGCGGUUAAGAAGAUGAAGAAGGAGAAGAAGGAGAAGGCUGGUCCUGAGGAUGAGUAUCCUACGCCGCCGGCGACGGAGGUGGAACAGACGGAGUCGAGUGGGAGGGAUGAAGAAGAGGUGAAGAAGGACAAGAGGGAGAAGAAGAAGACGAAGCGAGAGACGUCUGCGUCGGAUGACGGGUCGAAGAAAAAGAAGUCGAAAAAGUCCAAGGAUGAGACGGCGUCCUCGAAUUGAAUGUGGAUGAAUGGGAUAGAGGGAUGCUCUUUGGCAGUUUAUAGAUAGAUUCGACUUAUAGAUACCCAUGGCUGUGCUACUUGGUUGUAUAUUCUCA